CCAAGCUUGGCAUCAAACAGCGAGCCCUCAGAUAAACCAAACAAACAGACCGGGGAUCGCACAGAGGGAGGCGGCCCUGGAAGUGGAAUAACAACACAACCAGAUCUCGACGCCUUGCACUUUGCAAACUCUUUGCAUUUCUACUUUAAUGAUCCCUCUGUCUUGCAUGCAAUUCUAUCGAAUUGUGAGGUUAUUGUCAUGCGAUCAUAAUGACCUGUUUGUAGCGCUAGUGUCCGCCCUGUGAUUGCGCUUUGAUGUAGGCCUAGAGGCCGAUCAGAGAUCAGAUUACAUGCUUUAGAUCGCAGCCAUCCCCUGCCUUUGAUCUCCACGCUGAUUUUGUCUUCAAUCCGGGGAUUCCUCUGGACUGGAGCAGCGCAGCCGGGCAGAGAGCACAUCGCAUGGCUGGAAUGGUCUGGAGCCCUAUGCAGAACGCAUAGGAGUGGAUAUCUGUCUGAAACUACACUCAUUCAGCCAGGGAAAGAACGACUAAAGAACCGAUCAGACUACAGCAGCACAUCCCAGAUAAUUCUGUCAUAGCCCUGGCCGGUUUUGACGCAUGAUGUCGCAUCAUUGUCCUCGCUGAAUAUAUCAACUAUCUCAUCAAAAACAUUGUUACAAUGUUCCAACAUAGUUGUUACAAAACCGACUCAUUCCACAGUAGCCCCUCAAAAUGGCCUGGAUGUUUGGUCACACCUGGUUACUUCUACUGAUAUUUCAUGUAAUAUACUCAUCUCUGGUUCCUGUAACGGCAGAGGAGGAGACCAGUGAAUGCAGGGAACAGGAGUACAAGGAUCAGCUCGGGAACUGUAAACCCUGCAAACAGUGCGACGCGGGACAGGAGCUAUCAAAGGAAUGUGGCUUUGGUUACGGAGAGGAUGCCCGGUGUGUGCCCUGCAGAAGCAACCGCUACAAAGAGGACCGGAGCCUGCAGAAGUGCAAGCCCUGCCUGGACUGUGGCCUGAACAACCGCUUCCAGAAGGGCAACUGUUCCACCACCAGAAAUGCUGUGUGCGGAGACUGUCUGCCUGGGUUUUACAGGAAAACUAAGCUGAGUGGAUUCCAAGAUAUGGAGUGCAUACCAUGUGGGGACCCUCCACCUCCAUAUGAACCACACUGUAGCGGGCGGGUGAACCUGGUUCCCAUCCCACCGGUGGUGACCAGUCCUCGGGACAUGGCUCUGGCAGCAGUCAUCUGUAGCGCUCUGGCCACCGUGCUGCUGGCCCUGCUCAUCCUCUGUGUCAUCUACUUCAAGAGACAGCUGCUGGAGAAGAAGCCCAGCGCAUCUCUAAGGUCCCAGGAUGGUCUGUACAGUGGAGCAGAGUUGUCGUGCCUGGACCGACGGAAGCUCCAUGACUUCCCUCAGCGCCCAUGCUGUCAGUGUCACCACGGGCCAGGCCACACCUGUGGCCCAGUGCACCUGAUCCCCUCCCUGUGCUGUGAUGAAAUCUGCAGUCUGGGCCGGAGCAGAGACACCAGCCCCCUCCAGUCCCAGAUCAGCCUCAACGAGGGAUGCUGCAGAAACCCCUGUGAGGAGAACGUCCUGGCCUAUCUGAAAGCCCAUGCAGAGCCCUGCAUCUCCAGAGAGGCUGGCGAGACAUGGCCACUCAUGCAGAACCCCGGCUGUGUCGAGAGCUUGGGAUCGCCCCGCUGCAACCCAGAACCCACAGAGAGGUGCGAUGUGGAGGAAGAGGGCGAGGAGAAAGAGGAAGAGGGGUGCACGUUAAGUGAGGACACACAGGAGAAGCCAACUGAUCAGAGCCAGGAGAAGACUGGUGCCCUGACAGAGGUCCUCCUUCCAAAGCAGCAGCCAUCUUCACUGGAAGGAUGACAUGGAUUUAGUUGGCUCGUGUUCCACCCUUGAACCACCCUGGACCG